AGCAAACAGUUUGCUUUUAAGCGUCGAGGCAUUCAAACGUACUUUCAAUUACAAAAUAAAUUCAGAAUAAUUGAAAAUAAUUGAUGUGCUAAAUACUACUUCCAGUUAUGUUAAAAGUGUGCUUAAUUCUCUGCUGCAUUUGCGUUUCUGGAGUGCAAUUGCAAUUCCCCCGGAUUGGAGGAUAAUGAUCUCUUCGGGCUGCUGGAGGAUGACUUGGAUCUCACACACGUUAACUGGCGAGCAAUGAUACCGUUGCUGUUGCAGCGUCAGCAACUGCGUCUCUGUGUGGCCAUCUAUCGCUAUGACCAACAACUGUUGGCUGGAACGCCGUGCGAAAGGCUGCUGGAUAGCCGACUCAUGGCCUAUUGUGAUAUUGGACACAUUGAGGAUCUGAGCAUGACAAUGCGCGAUGCAUUUGGCGGCAUGCUGUUUGAUACGCUGCAGAAAUGCCGUCCUGGAUUCGAGAUCUUUGGUGUGCGUUGCAGGCGACGUGCCUGAGAGUGGAGAGAAGUGCAGAGAAAUAUGAAGCUUGAGUGAAUCGCUAAUUCAGUUUUCUUAGUCGUCAUCAUCAACUCGGAAUGUCGUUGCUGUCGUUGUUGCUGUUGCUGUUGCUAUUGUUGCUGUCUCUGUUUGUGUCCCUUGUCAUUUCAAUGUGUCAAUAAAAAUGCGAUGUGGGUGAAGGCCUGCCCUGGCCAGCCUGGCAGACACCAGAGUCCUUGCUUAGAGGCAUCAUGACAAAUGACGAUUAUAAUUUGUAAAAUUUGCACCCAGCUUGUUAUCCCUCGUCAGAGCCAGCCCCUGACGACUGACUAUGGCCUAGUUUUUGCGCUUUCAGAUUCAGUUAGUCCAUUGCAAUUGUUGUUGCAAUUAGCAGAGACAGUAAGCAAAGGCAAAGGCAAAAGAGGUUGAGACGCAAAAGGAGGUGGCAAAACAUAAGCACUACUACGAAAAGCUAGCUGAAACACUGAUGGCUUGAUUUUUCCAUUAAACACAGUAAAUGGAAAAUUGCACCGAACAGCACAGAAGAAUAGAGAGAGCAUAAAGCAAAAGUCGUUUGUUGUCGUUUCUAUACAAUACUAUACACACUUACUUGUUGUUCUUGCUUGGCAAUUACCGGGCCGAACGGGCGAAAGCAUUUAGCUUGAAAUGAUGACCAACAUGAGUUUUCAUUUUGAACAGUGGUAGUAGCUCUUUCUCUCUCUCUCUGACUCUCUGUCUGUCUGUGUUGCCAACUAUUUUCUGCUUAAUUUGUGUGCUGAUGUGCUAAAACACCUCAGCUCAGCAUCAAUCUUUAUAUAAAUCACAACUGAACAAAAUCGUAGCAUACUUUUUGGCUGCUAUGGAAAAUUUCUGUGUCGACCUGAAAAUAUUGCCUGCUGCUGCUUUGGUAUUGUUCUGUUUUAUGCAAAAUGCAUAAGGAAAUUGCCUAAAAUGAUUGCAUCUGAGUUGGGGAAUUGGUGGGCUAUAUGCUAAACUAUAUUGUUACUCUAUUUCAACAUAAUCAAUAUCAAUAAACUGUAGUAACAUAGUUGCCCCAAAUUGCCAAGCUGGAAAUUACAAAGUUUUUGGAAGACGAACAACUAUUUUAAUUGAAAUUGACAUACUAAAUGAAGGGUAAAGAGCUAACCAUUAGGUACUAUUUCGAUACAAGCUUGAGUCAAUUUUUUUACGACUCAUACAAUUAAUUAAAUAAAUAUUUUUCCCUACUUUUGCUGGCACUAUUCGCGAGGACUCUUUCAUUUACAUUACGCGUUGUUAUCUCCGAUUCGAAAUCCGCUUGCGUUGCGAUGCUUUGCUGUUGUAGUGGGACCUUGUAAUGUAAAUUAAUGAAUUGUUUAAAGUACUUGGAAUAUUUACGCUCAAAGCAAGCAAGAAAGAUGUUUCGCAAACUGGAGAGAGUUGGGGGCAUGGACUUGACCAUUGAAUAUGCAAAACGAGAGUCGCCGUCGGGGCAGAGUCUAGAAGUUUGUUAAAAGCGCGGCAUAAGGUCAAAGGGCGGACACGUCGAACGGUCAUUAAGGCAGCAGCAGCCGGAGCAGCAACGGGGCGGUCUGUUUGUGCAACAGCAGCAGCAGCAGCAGCAUCUGCAACAACAACAACAAUGACAACAGCUUGUACUGUUAGUUACUUAGUUUUUGCCAACGUUGCUGAUUCUACUGUUAAUGUGCAGCCUCGACUUCUGAAAUAUGCAUAAACAAAUCCAACUGAGCGCGCUCAGCUCACAAUCCUCUGAUCUCCGCCCCCCCCCUGCUGCUGCUGUCUCCGUUUUGCCUCGCUGUGUGGAUACGCCUCCUGUGGGGCGUAACUUUUUUGAUGCAGUUCCGCUUGCAGUUCAGUUCAGCUUCGUUUCUUUUUUUUACU